AUGGGAGAGAUGAUAAUCAAUCGCUUAAAAGGAAAUCUUCCAGUUGUUAUCGCAAGGCCUACACUUGUUAGUUCUACUUACAGAGAGCCAUUUCCUGGAUGGAUAGAAGGCUUCAAAACAUUUGAUCCCAUUGUGAUUAGUAUUGGAAGAGGGAUGUUACCAUGUUUUCCUGGAAACCCCGAGUCAUUCCUCGACAUUAUCCCGGGAGAUAUGGUGGUGAGUGCUGUAAUAAUGGCAAUGAUGAAUCAUCUGCUGGAAUAUGCUUAUGACUAUUUUAGCGAGAAUCCUUGGGUGGGUAAAGAUGGAAAUGCUGUUAAAUUUGUUAUGCCUGUUUUCCUCCCCACCAUGGCUAGCUUCCGAAAACACAUAUAUCACAGUUAUGUGUUACAUAAGAAGGAACAAAAAAUCAUCUUUGCGAGACGAUUUGUUGAAAUCUAUGAACCUUAUACACUCUUUAAAAGAAUUUUUGAUGAUUCGGCUACUGAGAAAUUGAGAAUAUCGGUGAAAGCAAACAGAUUUGAAGAGGCUGAUAUGUUUUAUUUCGAUCCAAAACGUAUAGAUUGGAAAGACUACAUUAUCAAUAUGCAUAUUCCCGGUCUCAUACAACUUGUUAUUCAUAGCAAGAACUAA